CUGGGAAUGACUUGUUUUAUGGAUUCUUUGUAACUGCCUUUGUGCUAUUCUUUUUAACUUUAUACCAAUUUUAAAAAGAUGGUAGAUAACUGCACAUUACUCUACACAGAGCUCAAAGCUAAGCUAAUCUAGUUGCAUGGGUUACAUGUGAUUAGGAGAACAGAUAUGAAUCAUUACACUGGGUGAAGGUGCAGUGCUGCAUUGCCUAGGGAUCUGAAAGGAAAUUCUUUUCUUGGAGAAACCCUCAUUUCCAACCAUGGUCAUUGGGGGAUAUGGAGCUGUCUCAAGAAUAGGCCAUUCAUAUCAUACAUUAACAGAAGAACCUGAACUACAUCUCGAAGCAUCCUAAUCAUCAUGGUCAGCAGUGACCUGAAGUUACACUUACAAACCACAGAUUAUGGAAACUUCUUGGCCAAUGAAACUGGUCCUCUUACCGUCUCUACAAUUGAUGACAAACUAAAGUUCAAACUGCUGACAGAAUUUCAGUAUUUUAGAAAUCAUGCCUUUGAACCACUUUCAACUUUUCUAAAUUAUGUUACGUAUAGCUACAUGAUUGAUAAUGUGAUUCUACUCAUUACUGGUACCUUGCGCCAAAGACCCAUAGAUGAAUUGGUUCUUAAGUGCCAUCCUUUGGGCAAUUUUGAGCAAAUGGAAGCUGUCAGCAUUGCUCCAAACCCUGCAGAGCUCUUCAAUGCAAUCUUGGUGGACACACCAUUAGCUGAUUUUUUUCAAGAUUGUAUAUCUGAAAAUGAUCUGGAUGAAAUGAAUAUUGAACUCAUGCGCAACAAACUAUACAAGUCCUAUCUUGAGGCCUUUUAUGCAUUCUGCAAAAAAGAAGGUGGCACUACAGCAGAUAUAAUGUGUCCUAUUUUAGAGUUUGAAGCUGACCGGCGGGCAUUUAUUAUCACAAUUAAUUCAUUUGGAACAGAACUAAGUAAAGAGGACAGGCAGAAGCUGUAUCCAACUUGUGGCAGACUGUAUCCAGAAGGCUUAGAUAUGCUCGCCAAGACUGAUGAUUAUGAGCAAGUGAAGGGUGUGGCGGACUACUAUGCUGAAUACAAGGCUUGCUUUGAAAUGGUUGGAGGUAGUACAGGUGACAAAACCUUGGAAGAUGCCUUUUUUGAGCUUGAGGUGAAAAUGAACGUGCUGGCAUUUAACAGUCAAUUUCAUUUUGGAGUUUUUUAUUCCUACGUUAAACUGAAGGAACAAGAAAGCAGAAAUAUUGUAUGGAUUGCUGAAUGCAUUUCUCAAAGGCACAGAACAAAGAUUAACAACUAUAUCCCUAUAUUCUAAA